AUGAACACAGAUUCACACAACCUUAGUGAGCCAUACAAUAUAGGUGGCCAAAAAUACAUUAAUAUGAAAAAAAAGGAAGAUCUUGGCGUAUGCCAGCCUGGCUUAACGCAAAAGGCAUUCACAGUCGAAGACAAGUUCGAUUACAAAGCAAUUAUUGAAAAAAUGGAAGUAUACGGACUUUGCGUGGUCAAGAAUUUUAUAGAGACCUCCAGAUGUGAUGAAAUAUUGAAAGAAAUCGAACCGCAUUUUUAUAGAUACGAAUCAUGGCAAGGCUCACCGUUUCCUAAGGAAACUACUGUGGCAACGAGAUCGGUUUUACACUCAUCUACAGUCUUAAAGGAUGUGGUAUGCGACCGUAUGUUUUGUGAUAUCUCAAAACAUUUUUUGAAUGAAGAAAACUACUUUGCGGCGGGAAAGGUGAUUAAUAAAUGCACUAGUGAUAUUCAACUGAACUCCGGUAUAGUCUACAAGGUUGGCGCUGGUGCAAGUGACCAGGGCUACCACCGAGAAGAUAUUGUUCAUCAUACGACCCAUCAAGCAUGUGAACGUUUCCAGUAUGGAACCGAAACCAUGGUAGGGUUAGGUGUAGCUUUUACAGAUAUGAAUAAAGAAAAUGGCUCUACGCGAAUGAUAGUCGGUUCACAUUUGUGGGGUCCGCACGAUUCCUGUGGGAACUUUGACAAGAGGAUGGAAUUUCACGUUAAUGUUGCAAAGGGAGACGCAGUUCUAUUCUUAGGGAGCCUCUACCAUGCAGCCAGUGCAAAUCGUACGUCACAAGACAGAGUUGCUGGAUAUUUUUUUAUGACAAAGAGCUACUUGAAACCAGAGGAAAAUCUUCACUUAGGGACUGAUUUGCGAGUGUUUAAGGGUUUACCAUUGGAAGCCUUGCAACUGUUGGGGCUCGGAAUUAGUGAGCCAUUUUGUGGUCACAUAGAUUAUAAGAGUCCAGGACAUCUUAUCAGUUCUAGUUUGUUUGAAAAUGAUAUCGAAAAGGGGUACUAUGGAGAGACAAUAAGGGUGAAUUAUGGGUCCACGCAAUAA